AUGAAUAAUGAUCACGUAUACAUAGAAAUCCAAACAUCCAAGGCUGAGACUGACUUCCUGGCAAGCAGGUUGACAAAUUACAUGCAAGAUCCUUACAUCGUGUCUCCAGAGAGCGUCCAGUACGGAGGUGAUGUGAACCUGACAUGCUGUAUUUUAAUUGAAGUAAAGUUCUUCACGUUCAUCUCCUUCACCUGGAAGAAAAACGAUGAACAAUUCAUCCAUGGGGGGAAUUAUGAGAUGAGCUCAGGGUCCGGAUCAUUUGUAAACAGCAUGCACAAAUACCACACCAAUACUCUGACAGUUAAAGACACGAGGAUGUCAAAUGAAGGAAAGAGAUACAUGUGUCAGGUUAAAGUGGCAGUUGGAACAUGGUCAUCGUCGUUUAACACUGACGAGUACAUAUUUGGACAAAAAGUCUCAUCUAAUACCACCACAACUGCAAGUGAAGGCGAGGAUGUCGCCAUAUUCCUGACAUGGAGGGUGACGGAUGAUGUGAUGUGGUUUUGGUCUCCUGGUGGUGGACUCAUUGCCACCACACAAUCUAUAUCUGUCUAUAUCUGGCCAAACAGUCGAUCGAAAGUGAAGGUCAUCAGACUGAUGACUUCACCUUACCGGAAAACAGUUGAGUUGGUUAUCUGCAAUGCGACAAAGGAGGACGGUGGCCGUUAUUACUUGAGUUAUUACAAGGGAAGAUCAUUUCAUGGUGGCCACAACCUUGUGAUUGCUGAUCGUAAGAGUACACAGGUCUCAACUAGUAUUGUACCUUCCAUCAUUGGUCAAACAAAACCUCAAACGGCGACUCCAGCUUCCAUGACGUCAGCAAGUACUCAGGUAGAUGUCACAUCUAACACAGUGACUGUCACCAGCACACAAACCUCAGCUGCGACGCCUACCGAGGUACCUCUUUCUACAGCUACAACCGCCAACACUGACCAAAUUGUUCACCAACGUAGAACGCCUGCGACAUUUACGACAUCGAACAUCGUUCAACGUCAACGUUAUGAUGUUGUCGAAUGUUCACAUGUUGAUGGCGCUGAAAACAGUCAGCUGUAUGCGUCAAACAGUUUAGGAUACCACACACUUUACUUCAAACGUUUCAACCAAGUGAAUGAGGUCGACCCUACAGAUGCCAAUACCACCAGGAACAAAUUAGUACCAGUAGACCAAGACUAUGAACCUGUCACCCUCGUGGACCAUGGACCUGUCCUGAACUGUACUCAACAAUACUCAGAUCAUGAAGAAGAGAAUAAUGAUUCUGUAUCUUUGUGUAGCUUGUAUGAUAAUGGUCAGCGUGAGAAAGAUCGUUCUGGAUAUGCACUGUGCAUAGUUGUCGCUGGUAACGUAUCGACGAUGUCUGUUGAAUGA